CCAGGCCCCCUCCCUCCCUCUUCCCAUCUCUUCACUUUUGGCAUCAUCUCUCUUUCUCUUUCUCUUUCUCUUUCUCUAUACCAGGUCCAGCGCACCACCAGAUAAGGACGACGACGCAUUUCCUUUGGAUCCCCUCCUAUCUAUCACUUUCCCUUCUUUUUCCAACUCUCUCUCUCUCUGUCAAAACGAAGCCAAAAAGCACAAGAAGAUCCGCUGUUGCUUGCUUGUGAUCUGACUGAAGAAAGUGGUCGCAAGAAGAAGGAUGGAGGAGAGUCCCAGAUGUUCCAGCCCGGAGGCUGAAGUGGGGAUGCGAGUGGAGGACCUUUGGGAUAGCAUCCAAGAGCCCCAACUCAGUCCCUCUGAGAAGCUUAACUCUUGCUUUGACUCUAUCCCUGUCUCCUCCUUUCCCCCUGCUCCUUCCUCCCAAGUAAUUGAUAUUCCAUCAGAUUCUAGUCUUGCUGCUGCUGUUGAUACUUUGUCCAAGAGUAAAAUCAUUAGCGCACCUGUGAGGGAUGUGGACGCGGCAGAAGAUGCAAGCUGGAUUGACAAAUAUAUUGGCAUCGUUGAGUUUGCUGGAAUUGCUGUAUGGCUUUUGCAUCAGUCUGAUGCUGCAGCUCAGAAGAGUGUAAGUGGUUCGGCAGAUGGAUUAGCCAAGAAGGUGGCCAAUGUGACUCUGGAGGCGUCUGGACAAGGAAGCAAUGGUGUUAGCAGUGAUGAUGUUGCCUCUGAGACAACUGACUCUGAAGCAGCAGCCUCGAUGGGUGGGAGUUUUUUGGAAACUCUCACUUCUUCUGACUUUUAUAAGAAAACUAAGGUUCGUGACAUCUUGGGAUCAUUCCGGUGGGCGCCGUUUCUUGCCUUGCAGAAAUCUGAUUCAUUUCUGACCAUGCUGUUGCUACUAUCAAAAUAUAGAAUGAAGAGUCUUCCUGUGGUUGAUCUUGGUGAUGGGAAAAUCGACAACAUCAUCACACAGUCUGCUGUGGUUCACAUGUUGGCGGAAUGUGUUGGGCUUCACUGGUUUGAAGACUGGGGCACUAAGAAACUUUUUGAACUUGGCCUUCCUAUAAUGAAACCCAGCAGACUUGUUAAGGUGAGUGAGGACGAGCCAGUUCUAAAGGCCUUCCAAUUGAUGAGAAGGAAAGGAAUUGGUGGGCUUCCGGUAGUUGAAGCAAACGGGAAGAAGGCAAUAGGAAAUAUAAGCAUUAGAGAUGUUCAAUAUCUUUUAACAGCCCCAGAAAUAUACAAAGACUACAGGUCUAUCAGAGCUAAGGAUUUUGUCUCACUGGUAAGGAGUUAUCUGAAAGAACACGAAGGAACUUCACCCCGGUUGCUUGGAGUGAUUACCUGCAAGAGAAUUGACACAAUCAAAGACAUCAUUUUGAAACUAGACUCUUACAAAAUACAGCGCAUAUACGUUGUAGAUGACGAGGAUAAUUUAGAGGGAGUGAUCACACUAAGAGAUAUAAUCUCCAAGCUCGUCCAUGAACCGCGGGGCUACUUUGGAGAUUUCUUUGAUGGUGUAGUUCCAUUGCCUCAGAACAGCAGAGUCUAAUUACUACCUUAGACUGAAUUUUCGAACUUGAGCCAGUGAUGUAAAAUGAUGCUUCCUAAUGUAAAAUCCCGGGUUUCAGUUUUCCUUGCGUGUGUUCGACAUUUUUGUGAAUUUUCGCAGUAUGCAUUAAUAAACUUUUGAAAGUGUGACUGAUCCAAUGUUGGAUGUGUUAA